AUGGUUGAUUUCAUCGAUGUCCCAAUGGCGAAAAGAGAUCCUGAAAAUAAGACGGUCAUCGGGAUUGUCGGGGGUGGAGCUGCAGCGUUGACGUCAGCCGAGACUCUGAGACAAGAAGGAUUUACGGGGCGCAUUCUCAUGUUCACAGAAGAGCCGCAUGCCCCUUAUGAUCGCCCUGUGCUCUCCAAGAAUUUCAACGCAAAGAUUGAUAAGCUGCUCCUUCGUACGCCUGAAUGGUUGACGCAGGAAGCUACCGUAGAAUUCCUUCCCAAUACAAAAGUUAAACAUGUUGACGUGCGAAAAAAGACAAUCGUCACAGAAAAUGGCGAAUCAUACAAUUGUGACAAGAUUCUAAUUGCAACAGGCGGGAUUCCUAGACGUUUGAAAAUUCCAGGAAGCGAUUUACGAAACAUUGAAGUGUUGCGGAGUUACAAUGAUUUGCAACGUCUUGCUAUUUUCGGAAAACUCGAUCAGAAUGUUGUUAUUAUUGGGUCGUCGUUCAUUGGGAUGGAAUUAGCGGCAUCGUUUGCGAAGAACGGAGCGAAGGAGGCUCAUCCUUUUGAGCGUGUGUUGGGUGCCCGAAUUGGGCAGCAGCUAGCGGGGUUCCUCAAUCAGAAGAAGGUAGUGUUUAGAGGUGGAAGAAACGUCGUCAAGUUCCACGGUUAUUCAGGCAAAGUCACGGGUGCUGAAUUGAAUAACGGCGAAAUCUUGCAAGCGGACCUGGUCGUACUUGGAGUUGGUGUUGUACCAAACACUGAAUUGGUUCAGGGAGUCGAAACACUUCCUGACCGUUCACUUCACGUCGAUCCAUUUAUGCAGUGCGCUAUCAAAGCGUCAAUAUAUGCAAAGACUUCUGUUGUUCAUCAGAGUCCGUGGAUGCAAAGAUGUUUAUGCAGCAGGAUUGAGCACUGGGACGUUGCAAUGCAACAAGGACGCAUCGCAGCUAAAAACAUGAUGGGGAAAAUGGCACCCUAUGAUAGCAUUCCGUUCUUUUGGACAAUGCUUCUCGGAAAGAGUAUCAGAUAUGCAGGCUACUGUGUAAAUCCUGAUGAAAUCGUCAUCGAAGGUAAUCUGAAGGAUAUGGAGUUCGCUGCGUUAUACGUUAAGAAUGACCAAAUUCAGGCUGUUGCUACCUGUGGGAAAGAUCCAGCAGCUGUCGCAACAAUUGAAGCUAUGAGGAGAAACCUUCUUCCUUCGUAUUUGGAAUAUCAAUUAGGGUUGAUGAAUGUUGAACAGCUGGUUCGGGUUGCCCAGGUAAUGAGAUUCCGAUAA